AUGGAGCCUUCGAUGGAAGUAGAGGCUGCUGGCUUGCGUGUGCGCCUCUCUCGUUUAGAGUUCGAGAACAUGCGAUUCAAGCGUGGGGAAUGGACCGAGAACAUGCUCAACUUUGCUAUGGUGAAGAUUGCAAAGGAGAGGCUGACCGCGGACCAGCUGUCGAAAGUCGAAAUCAUCCCCAUGAGUGCAGUCAACGCGGCCCGGGCGAAACAACCGUACGAACCCAUGGGUCCUGGCAGACUCGAUGGUGUGCUUGGCAAGCAACUCGUAGUCUUUCCGCUGUGGUCAAGGGUUCUUGGAAAACCACCCUACCGGCGAGAGGAUAUAUUCAAGGACAUAGUGACCAGCUGCAAAAAGUAUUUCGACAAGCUGGCGGCAGGUGAUGAGGAGGAUGCGAGAGAGGUGGACCUGGAACCCGUUGGGGACGCUGCUGAGGACACGGGUGCCCCGCCCGUUAUUGACGCCGAAAUAGUCGCGUUGGGGGCAAUGGUUGCUGACGGCGCACGAAUGGGUCUGGCCAACGAGCGUCAGAGCGUAACGGAUGGGGAGGGUCAGAUGAUGGACAGAGAGGAACCACCUUUUCAGAGGAGUGCGCGCGAGAUCUUGCGUGGAAUGAGGGAGGCGCAGCAGAGGGCACCAGAGGAUAAGACCGAGCGUUGCGGGUCGGAGACCCAACAACAGAGGGGGGAGGGGGAGAGGAUGGAGGAGUUAGCAAUUGGUUUAGAGGCAGUGCACCUCUCGGUCGAGAAUGAUGAACAGGAGGAGCAGGGGCAGGGUAUGGACAUGAGGCAGGGCAGUCCGAAUGUCGUAGGCGAAUCGGAGGAUGAGGUCCUGAGAGCGGAACGCGAUAAUAGGGUGGUGUAUCAAAGGCGGGAGACAAGAACAAAGAAGAAGUAUGAUCAGGAGCGGGAAGCACGCGAGGAGGAAGAGGCGAAGCGGAGGGUGGAACAGAAGCGUGUGAGGCUCGAGGACCAGGAGCGAGAGGCAGGCAGAGCGCGAACAAGAGGAGAAGCGGCAGAGGGAGGAGGAAGAGCGCAAAAGGAGGAAAGGCAGGCUGAGCGUGAACAGGAGGAGAGGCGGCAGAGGGAGGAGGAAGAGCGGAAGAGGGAGGAGGAGAAAAAGGCUGAGCGCGAAAAGGAGUCGAAGCGGCAGAAGGAUGAGGUGGAGCGGAAGAGGGAGGAGGCGAGGAAGGCGGAACGCGAAAAGGAGGAGAAGCGGCAGAAGGAGGAGGAGGUGAAGAGGGAGGAGGCGCGGAAGGCCGAACGCGAAAAGGAACAUAACCGGCAGAAGGAGGAGGAGGAGGAGAGGAAGAGGGAGGAGGCGAGGAAGGCGGAACGCGAAAAGGAGGAGAAGCGGCAGAAGGAGGAGGAGGAGCGGAAGAGGGAGGAGGCUAGGAGGGCAGAACGCGAAAAGGAGCAGAAGCGGCAGGAGGAGGAGGAACGGAAGAGGGAGGAGGCAAGAAAGGCAGAACGCGAAAAGGAAGAUAAGCGGCAGAAGGAGGAGGAGCGGAAGAGGGAGGAGGCGAGACAGGUAGAACGCGAAAAGGAGGAGCAGCGGCAUAAGGAUGAGGAGGAGCGGAAGAGGGAGGAGGCGAGGAAGGCGGAACGCGAAAAGGAGGAGAAGCGGCAGAAGGAGGAGGAGGAGCGGAAGAGGGAGGAGGCGAGGAAGGCGGAACGCGAAAAGGAGCAGAAGAGGCAGGAGGAGGAGGAGGAGCAGAAGAGGGAGGAGGCUAGGAAGGCAGAACGCGAAAAGGAGCAGAAGCGGCAGGAGGAUGAGGAGGAGCGGAAGAGGGAGGAGGCGAGGAAGGCGGAACGCGAAAAGGAGGAGAAGCGGCAGAAGGAGGAGGAGGAGCGGAAGAGGGAGGAGGCGAGGAAGGCGGAACGCGAAAAGGAGCAGAAGAGGCAGGAGGAGAAGGAGGAGCAGAAGAGGGAGGAGGCUAGGAAGGCGGAACGCGAAAAGGAGGAGAAGCGGCAGAAGGAGGAGGAGGAGCGGAAGAGGGAGGAGGCGAGGAAGGCGGAACGCGAAAAGGAGGAGAAGCGGCAGAAGGAGGAGGAGGAGCGGAAGAGGGAGGAGGCGAGGAAGGCGGAACGCGAAAAGGAGCAGAAGAGGCAGGAGGAGGAGGAGCGGAAGAGGGAGGAGGCGAGGAAGGCGGAACGCGAAAAGGAGGAGAAGCGGCAGAAGGAGGAGGAGGAGCGGAAGAGGGAGGAGGCGAGGAAGGCGGAACGCGAAAAGGAGGAGAAGCGGCAGAAGGAGGAUGAGGAAGAGCGGAAGAGAGAGGAGGCGAGGAAGGCGGAACGCGAAAAGGAGCAGAAGAGGCAGGAGGAGGAGCAGAAGAGGGAGGAGGCUAGGAAGGCGGAACGCGAAAAAGAGGAGAAGCGGCAGAAGGAUAAGGAGCGGAAGAGGGAGGAGGCGAGGAAGGCGGAACGCGAAAAGGAGGAGAAGCGGCAGAAGGAGGAGGAGGAGCGGAAGAGGGAGGAGGCGAGGAAGGCGGAACGCGAAAAGGAGCAGAAGAGGGAGGAGGAGGAGGAUCAGAAGAAGGAGGAGGCUAGGAAGGCGGAACGCGAAAAAGAGGAGAAGCGGCAGAAGGAUGAGGAGGAGCGGAAGACGGAGGAGGCGAGGAAGGCUGAACGCGAAAAGGAGCAGAAGCGGCAGGAGGAUGAGGAGGAGCGGAAGAGGGAGGAGGCGAGGAAGGCGGAACGCGAAAAGGAGCAGAAGAGGCAGGAGGAGGAGGAGCGGAAGAGGGAGGAGGCGAGGAAGGCGGAACGCGAAAAGGAGGAGAAGCGGCAGAAGGAGGAGGAGGAGCGGAAGAGGGAGGAGGCAAGGAAUGCGGAACGCGAAAAGGAGGAGAAGCGGAAGAGGGAUGAGGAGGAGCGGAAGAGGGAGGAGGCGAGGAAGGCGGAACGCGAAAAGGCGGGGAAGAUUGUGGAGGCCAACGAGCGAGAAACGCGCGAGGAGGCGAGGGUGGAGGAGCGAGAGCGACAGAGGCAGGUCGGUGAGACCGGGGAACGAGAAUCGCGUGAAAGGGAGGAAGCGCGGCAGAGGCAGGAUCGGGAACGAAAGAGAACUGAAAGCGAACGCAGAAGAAAAGAGCUUCAGAGGCUCGAGCGCGAAAGGUUUGUGGCGAGGCAGACGGAGCAAGCGGGUGUGCAUCAGGGUGUGGAGCGGGAUGGAGCUCGGCAAGUGGUGGUUGGCGACCAGCCAACCCUGGGGCAUCACGGAACAACUGUUGGUCGGGCAGCGGAUGUUGGUUUACCGGGAUUGAGAACAGGCGGACCGAGGCCGAUGAUGCAGCGGGAAGGUGGCCGGCGUGAUGAUCAAACAGCCCGGAACAGGGUCGGCGCGGGAGACCAUAGGAGGUUCGAUCAGUCAAGGCAAGCUGGUAGGCGAGAGGGUGAAGCGAUUGGAACGCGGCAGGGUGAGCGAAUGGCGGAGGAUCAGGUCUGGCGUGGGGUGGGAUGGGGAAUGGAAGGAGUGCGACACAGGGAGUUUCAGCAGAGAGAGGCGGGAGGACGUGCGGACGAGGAACUAGAGAGUGUGGCUAGUGCGCUCCCCAUGCAGAGGCGGCAUCCACGAGCGGCAGAGAAUUCUGCUGCGGUGCAGGGAGAGGAACUAGAGGAUGGUGAAUGGGUGGCUGUGGAGGCGCUACUGGCGGGACUGGAGCAAGCAGGGCCGCAGGUUUUCGAGGAGACGGAGCGAGGAUUUGAGGAGGCUGGCGACCGCAUCGCAGCUGGCGGCAGGAUGCAUACCACAGCAGAGUUGAUGCGGCGUCUGACCUUGGUGGCAAGGUCCGUGGCGAGGGCUUCGUCGGAGCAAUGUGUUCGUUUCAUCGACUGCAUGGCAGAGAUUCGAGAAUUUGCACGAGCGGCAGCAGCUGAUGCGGGUCGCGCAGCUGCAGCAGCGGCUGUGGAAGCAUUGGAGGAAAGGUUACAUGGGUUUUUCGAGAACUUACGGGAGAAGCUGAAGAGUGUGGUGGAGCAGGUGAUAGAGCAAUCGUCGCUAGAGGCCUCGUUCACAUCCACCUCCAUGGAACACCUGCAAGCGGCUAUUGACAAUAGUGUACUCGCAGUGUGGGAGGAUCUCAGGGCUGCGGACGACCAAAACAAUCUGACUUUCAACAAGAUUCAGAAGGCUCUGGCAGGACUGUCAACAAAGCUCAAAGGGCUGACUGGACCCAGCAAGGGUGAGGAGGGUGACGCUGGUGAGGCGGGUGAGACGGGCGCUGGUGUGGCAGAUAUUGACUUGUCUGAACCAGUGAGGAGAAACUGGAGAGAGACGUACGCAGCAAAGAACGUGCAGAAAGAGAGGGAGAAGGAGAGCGAAGAGAGGAGGACGGCUGAAGCGCGGAAGCGGCAAGCACUUCAGACGGCGCAAGUGACGGCUGCAAAGAAGAGGCGGGCUGAGAAGGGGUUGGGAAAUACGAGGGUGGAGGACCGUCCUGGGACUGUCAGCAGGGGGAGAGUGACGGAAAACCAACCGGCGGGUACAGCUGCAGAGGCAAGGAAGGCAGAACGCGAAAAGGAGCAGAAGCGGCAGGAGGAGGAGCGGAAGAGGGAGGAGGCAAGGAAGGUAGAACACGAAAAGGAGCAGAAGAGGCGAAAGGAUGAGGAGGAGCGGAAGAGGGAGGAGGCAAGGAAAGCGGAACGCGAAAAGGAGUUGAAGCGGCAGAAGGAUGAGGAGGCGCGGAAGAGGGAGGAGGCGAGGAAGGCGGAACGCGAAAAGGAGGAGAAGCGGCAGGAGGUGGAGGAGCGGAAAAGGGAGGAGGCGAGGAAAGCGGAACGCGAAAAGGAGUUGAAGCGGCAGAAGGAUGAGGAGGCGCGGAAGAGGGAGGAGGCGCGGAAGGCAGAACUCGAAAAGGAGCAGAAGCGGCAGGAGGAGGAGGAGCGAAAGAGGGAGGAGGCGAGGAAGGCAGAACGCGAAAAGGAGGAGAAGCGGCAGAAGGAGGAGGAGCGGAAGAGGGAGGAGGCGAGGAAGGCGGAACGCGAAAAGGAGGAGAAGCGGCAGAAGGAGGAGGAGGAGCGGAAGAGGGAGGAGGCGAGGAAGGCGGAACGCGAAAAGGAGGAGAAGCGGCAGAAGGAGGAGGAGGAGCGGAAGAGGGAGGAGGCGAGGAAGGCGGAACGCGAAAAGGAGUUGAAGCGGCAGAAGGAUGAGGAGGCGCGGAAGAGGGAGGAGGCGCGGAAGGCAGAACUCGAAAAGGAGCAGAAGCGGCAGGAGGAGGAGGAGCGGAAGAGGGAGGAGGCGAGGAAGGCGGAACGCGAAAAGGAGGAGAAGCGGCAGAAGGAGGAGGAGGAGCGGAAGAGGGAGGAGGCGAGGAAGGCGGAACGCGAAAAGGAGGAGAAGCGGCAGAAGGAGGAGGAGGAGGAGCGGAAGAGGGAGGAGGCGAGGAAGGCGGAACGCGAAAAGGAGGAGAAGCGGCAGAAGGAGGAGCGAAAGAGGGAGGAGGCGAGGAAGGCGGAACGCGAAAAGGAGGAGAAGCGGCAGAAGGAGGAAGAAGAGCGGAAGCGGGAGGAGUCGAGGAAGGCGGAACGCGAAAAGGAGGAGAAGCGGCAGAAGGAGGAGGAGGAGCGGAAGAGGGAGGAGGCGAGGAAGGCGGAACGCGAAAAGGAGGAGAAGCGGCAGAAGGAGGAGGAGGAGCGGAAGAGGGAGGAGACGAGAAAGGCGGAACGCGAAAAGGAGGAGAAGCGGCAGAAGGAGGAGGAGGAGCGGAAGAGGGAGGAGGCGAGGAAGGCGGAACGCGAAAAGGAGGAGAAGCGGCAGAAGGAGGAGGAGGAGCGGAAGAGGGAGGAGGAGGAGCGAAAGAUGGAGGAGGCGAGGAAGGCGGAACGCGAAAAGGAGGAGAAGCGGCAGAAGGAGGAGGAGGAGCGGAAGAGGGAGGAGGCGAGGAAGGCGGAACGCGAAAAGGAGGAGAAGCGGCAGAAGGAGGAGGAGGAGCGGAAGAGGGAGGAGGCGAGGAAGGCGGAACGCGAAAAGGAGGAGAAGCGGCAGAAGGAGGAGGAGGCGAAGGCGAUGGAAAGGAGGCGGUCACAGAGGGAGGCGGAGUUAGAAGCUAAGCGCCAGCAGAUUGCUAAGAUUGCGGAAACAAAGCGGUUGGAGGCAGCAAAGCGAAAAAGAGACCUCGAAAUAGAGCGUCGGAAAGCCCUGGAGGAGAUCGAGCGUAUUGCACGGUUAGAGGAAGCCGCAAAGGAGGAAGAGGAGAGGCAACAAAUGGAGUUAGAGGCGGAAACAGAGAAAUUGGAAAACGAGAGGCGACGGAUUGCGGGGGAGGAUGAGGAAGGGGCAGCGGGGCAACGGCAGGGAGGAGAGGCGGAAGAAGGGUGGGCCGGGAUUCUUCAAGUGAUUUCAUUGGUUCCCGAUGAACCACUGCAAGUAGUUGACCUCAUGGGGGAGGUGGAGGGUUCGGAACAUGUGACAGGCUCUAACGUUCAACCAACGUUGGGGGAGGCGACGGGAGAGGUGGCACCGCGAAGAGCGGAUGUGCUACCAGACGAGCUAGGGAAGCGGUGGGGGGAAACAAAGCAUUUCAGAUCGAGUGGUCUUACCACACGCGAGAAGAAGAACAAAAAGGGGGAAGUGGUGUACGUGCGCUACAACUCGGAGCAAACCGUCGGAGGUGUGAAGAGGAACAUGGGGAGCUACAAGGAGCGGAAACUACGCGAUUUCACAGUGGAGGUCUGUUGGAUGGCCUACUUCCCCGACACCGACAUGGCCCAUUACGGCUUGGAUCCUGCCGAGCUUGGCUUGUGGGCGGUCCACCUCGAUUUCGCUCGUGAACUCCCGACGGGUGUCUGGAGUGUCAUGAACGAAUUGAACCUCGACAAGUUCGAGAACUUCGAAAACGUCAUGAACAAGACAAAUGCACGGGUGAAGGACGGCGCACAUUUCCAGGUGGCCGUUUGCACAGGGAUUGGACAGGCCCUGGUACACGGAGGGAGUGGGCUGGUGUCGCCCCCCGCGAAUGUCACUCCCGCGGUCUAUGCAGCGGGAGUAGCUGCAACCCUCUACACCUUGUGGUGUGCCUCGAUCGGCAUUCCCCACCAGGACUGGGCGGAGGGUGCGGAUGAGGCGGCUCGUGGCACGCUCAACGAGGCAAGCCUUGCUAGUCGAGCAACCUCUACUGCUCGCCUCGGAGUGUGGACCUUGAAGGCCGUGAAGAACCUAACGCACGAGAAGGCGGAUUGGGAAGUGGUGCUCACCAAGGCCAUUCUCGGCCUUGUGGAUCCCGAGCCCGGGGAGGCAGAGGCUAUUGAAAUGGCCAAGGUGGUUUCGAGGGUGCUGGUGUACUGGUGCGAGUGCUGUCACGCAAACCAGAGUCUUUACGCGUAUCAGGGUGGGAUGCUCCAUUUUCCCCAGCCCACAAAAGGGGGACGGCGGAAGGGGAAUGCGGGAGGCAACGAGUGA